AUGCCUUGUGUCAGCCAGCUGCCUGAAGAGGUACUCGCCAACUUACGAGAGGACCGUCUCCUUUCGUACAUGGAAGAAUUCGACAAGGCAGAUCCAGAAGCCAUUUUCGAGAAAACUUACACAGAAGAAGAAUUCGUCAAAGAGGCAGAGGAGAAUCCUUACUAUCUCUUUGCCAAGGUCCUCCGUCGACAACAGCACUUGCUCCAACUGUAUGAGGAAGCUGCUGCCGCUCACAAUGAGAUGGUUGAGAAUCUUGAUGCUCCAGGUGGAGUGGAUACCAAUCAGAAUCAGAAUCAGAAAGAAGAACUUACCCGACUUAAGAAAGAACUGAAAGAGGCUCGUCGCGAGGCCAAGCAAAAUACCGACGAUAUUGUUAAACUGCAAGAAGAACGUGACCAGUACAUACAAGCUUUUGCCAAGUUACACCUCCAAACUAGUGGUUGGGGUGAUAGUGAGGGAGGUAUACCAAGAUCAACCUUCACGCCAAAAUCCAUCAAGUUGCCCAAGGGAGCGAAGCUCUCAGACAGUGUCGAUCCAACCUUUGAAUCUUGGUUGAUUGACGUGGAAGGGACCCUAGAGAGCAACGCGGAUCACUACCCAAAUGUGAAGGAUCGAAUUCUUUUUGUGAAGAAAAUGUGUGAGGGUCAGGCAGCUAAGCAUUUAAUGCCCCGUCUUCGCAAGAACUCUUCUCAUCCCUUCAUGGAUGCUGACGACAUGUUUGACCACUUGAAGACCAUUUUUGAAGAUAUGACGAGCAAGAUGAAAUUCCAGGAUUUCCUAACAGAAUUCACUCACGAAGCUCAAGAAUCCGAGACCGACAUUCGAUCUUGGAAGGAAGACCUUUACAGCAAGCUGAGCUUUGAGCUGCAGUGUAAGUUGACUGAUAAAGUAGAUGACCCGGACCUUGACUGGACUGGUUUUGUGAGAAAAGUUAUAAAGACAGCAAAUCAUCUUGAAGCAAUUUCUACUGUUGAGAGCAAAGUACGUCGUCGCGGUAUGAAUACGAAUUCGAGUGCUAGUUCCAACGCUAGUAAAUCUAUUCGCUUAACCCCUGCUCCCUCUGCUGCCAGUAGCAGUUCGUCGAACAAGGAUAAUAAGAAAGGUGAAUGGGUGGAUGAUGCAGCUCAUGCUCUGCUUAUGAAAGAGGGCAAAUGCUUCAAAUGUCGCCAAACUGGUCACAUUGGUCGAGAUUAUCCUAAUAAUGAUAAGCCAGCUGCAAAGAAGAGUUCGGACCUCAAGAAGCUAGAAAAGGUAGAUGAAGCGAGCUCAGCUAACUCUAAUUCGGAAUCGGAAAACGAUCAAUUGAUUGGACGUGAAAAGGAUAGUUUCACAAUACCAAUUCAAAUAGCGAAGAAUACACAUUUAAUUACUACACAGGCACUUGCUGAUACUGGAGCGAAUAGACUAGCAUUUAUAGAUACCAAUUUCGCCAUAUUAUUAAGCAGAUUCCUCAAGGUGAGGACUCAUCGGUUAGAAAACAAAUGUGCUGUAAGAGAAUACAAUAGUAAGACUGCGACCCCGAUUACUCAUGCCAUCAUAUUCAUGCUUAUUGUGGAUGGACGUCGCCAGCUAGACGUGCCAUUCCUUAUCGUUAAUUUAGGCAAGCAUGAUGUGAUCCUAGGGAGGAUGUGGUUUGCAAAGCACAACAUUCUUGUAGACUGUGCAAAGAAGCGACUGUUAUGGCCAGAGGAAGUCUCUUUAAAGGAUGAGAUUGUUACCAAGGGAUAUAUGCGAUUGCCUUAG